GAAAAUCAAGUGAAAUUGGUUCAUUUUGAAAUCAUUUAUGGUAUUUCAAUGAAAUUGAAACCGGCUAUUGUUAUGAAAUUUGAAUGUUAUUAGAAUUGAUGUAACAUUGAAACCAUGUAUUGUUAGUUGAUUUUGAAACUGUUUCAACAGGAAAAGUUAAGAUGAAAAGUCGGGAUGCGUAAAGCAUCACUUUGAAUAUGAUGAUCGGUUUUUAGUAUUAUUUUGUUGAAAUUUUUUAUGAACGACACCGAAAUGGGUCGUAUUGUAUAUUAUAUGAUUUAUAUAUUUUAGUUUAUUUUUAAAGCUGCCACCCCAAAAUUUUAGGUCUGGCUCCGCCACUGCCCUCUCUUCUUUUUUUUCCAUUUUCCCUUUCAUUUCUCACUAUUUUUUCCUUCCUCGGGUGUGGAAAUAGGACAGAAAGACAAUAAAAAAACAUCAUGGGUUUUGGUUCUUUCCUUGUUUUUUCAGUUACUCUUCCAUUGAUUUUCUCAUAGAUCUACCUUCUUCCAUUUUCAUCUGGUCAACUAAACUUUGUGCAUUGUUUCAUUGAGGAAAUUGUUUCGGAUAUAAAACUGUAUGCUUAAUUGCUUAUUUUUUUAUGUAGUAGAAUUGUGCAUUGUGGUUUGAAACAACCAAACCAGUAACAGAACCAAUGUUCCGUCAUCAAACCAACAUCAUUAUUCUCCUCCGAACCUCCUCAAAAAGACACUAUUGUCUAUGGUCAAGUAAAAAAGACCCAGACUUAGAAUCAGCACUAUCGCGAAACAAACGUUGGAUAAUUAACAACCAAAUCAAAAACAUUAUCCUCCGUUACCCUAACAACCAAAUCCCAAUUCAAACUCUUCAGAAGAAAUUCAAAACCCUAGAUCUUCAAGGUAAAGCCCUUAACUGGAUUUCCAAAUACCCUUCUUGCUUCCAGUUUCAUCAAGAUCACGUUCUUCUUACUAAACGCAUGAUGGAGCUUGUUCAUGAAGAACAAUCCUUGAAAGAUUCCCUUGAAUCUGUUUUUGUUCCACGUCUCGCCAAAUUGCUCAUGCUUUCUUUGAAUAAUUGUUUGAAUGUUAUGAAGAUCAAUGAAAUUAAGAAUAGUUUAGGCUUUCCUGAUGAUUAUUUGAUUGGGAUUGUGGCAAAAUAUCCGGAUUUGUUUCGAAUUAGGAAUGAGAGUGGGAGGAGAAGUUCUAUGGUGGUUGAGUUGAUGAAAUGGAACCCUGAUUUUGCUGUUUCUGAAGUUGAGGCUUUGGCGAUGAAGAACGGGGUUGAGGUGAAUUUUUCGUGUUGUUUGCCUUCUAGUUGGGUGAAAUCGUUGGAGAAAUUUCGCGAAUUUGAGUUGGUUCCUUAUGUUUCGCCUUAUUCUGAUCCGAGGGGGUUGGUGGAAGGGUCUAAGGAAAUGGAGAAAAGGAAUGUAGGUUUGGUUCAUGAGUUGUUGUCAUUGACUCUUUGGAAGAAGAUUUCAAUUAUGAAAUUGGGUCAUUUUAAAAGGGAGUUUUUUUUGCCUGAUAAGGUGAAUGUUUUGUUGCUUAAGCAUCCUGGGAUAUUUUAUGUUUCUAAUAAGUAUAGGAUUUAUACUGUUUUACUUAGAGAAGGGUAUGUUGGGUCUCAAUUAGUUGAUAAGGAUCCUCUUGUGGUUGUUAAAGAGAAAUUUGGGGAGAUUAUGCAGGAAGGGCUUCAUGAGUAUAACCAGAGGCGGCGACUUGUUAAUAUCGAAAAGAGGAGAAAUAAAGGUCUUCCUUUGAAUAGGGUGGAUGAGGAUCACAUGAAGGGUAGAAGAAGGAGAAGAAACAGGGAAGUGUUUGAUGAAGAUGAUGAGGUUGAGCGAGAAAAUGGUAAUAAGCUGGGAGGGUUGCUUGACCCUGAAGAAAGAAAAAGGUUUUACAAAGUUCUUUUUGAUGAUGAUGGUUCAUGAAUGAAGAUUUGCUUAGCCUAGGACCUAGGUGUGGUGCAUGGAACAGUGUUUCAAAAAUCAAACAAACAAAACUGGACGGUUUAAUUGGCUGAACCUUGAUCUAUUUUUCAUCAGAGUUUGGUUGUUUUUGUUGAUUGACUGUGGUUUUGUCCUAGCUUAAUGUGGUUGAAUCUGACCAAAACAGAAGUCUCGUCACUUCAAUGUUCGGUUGUUUUUGCGGAUUGACUGCAGUUUUGUCCCUAUUGAAUCUGAUCAAAACAGAAGUCUCAUCCCUUCAAUGUUUGGUUAUUUUUUUAACAUCCCUUAUUCUAAAUGCUUAUUAGGUCAUGCAACCAUUAACCCUAAUUUUUCCCUCUAAUUUAUCUAUCAUUAAAUGCUAAGCAUACAAUCCUAAAAUAUUUCCCUCCUAUGAAAGUUCAAUUUGAAUUUCAAAUUUCAAACUGACCUUUGGUGUAUCCUAUGCAAUCCCAAAUAAUCUCCUACUCUGAUUUAUGCGGUUUACCAAGGCCAUAUUAACGUGUUACACUACAACAAAAAAUCCAUCGCAUCCUCCAAAAUCCAUCGCCUCCUUCAAAUUCUCUCAACUUCUCAAAAAAUCCAUCGCCUCCUCCUAUUCCUCUGGUCCGACCUCCACCACUUUACCUUCUAUCUUUCAAACCUUCUGAUUGAUUAACGAUUCCGUCGGCAACCUUCCCAAACCUUCUGAUUGGCUUUCGGUGGGAACAGGAAGCGCGACAACGAUUCCGACGGCAAAGAUAGUUCUUCCAAGAGAAAAACAGAACGGUGGAGAGCUUCCGAAUAAGAAGGUGUUGAAGAUUAUUGAAAAUAAGAAGGAAGUUGAUGAAACUAUCUGCAAGCCUGAUGAUGAAGAGCUUUGGCAAAUAUUCUUGAGAACAGGAACCAACCACAAGAUGUAGAAGACAUAACUAACAAAGAUAUCAUAGACAGAGUUCACAGAAAUUGUUGGGAGGGAAUUAUUGGCAUCGUUGAUGAUGCACGAGUCAAUAAAUAACAAAUUGUGGAGUCCGAGCAUUUAAUGAAAGCCCUCCUGGAGCGAAGGGAUGGUUUGGCUCAAAGGAUAUUUACAAAGGCAGGAUUGGACAAUACGUCAGUUCUACAAGUUACUGAUAACUUUAUAGCUCAACAACCUAAGGUUACUGGUGGCACUUCUGGUCCUGUAAUUGGCUCGCAUUUUGGCUCGCAUUUCGUCACUGCUACUUCCUCUUCCAAUGUUCGCAUUGCUGCCCUUGCUGCCCUUGCUGCCCUUGCUGCCAGUAUCCUAAUUACAUUCAGUGUCUCUCCAAUUCAUCCGACCGUGACAUGUAUAUCUGGCAGCGAAAAUUAUGAUUCAAUUUUGAACUUAAGUUUGUUGAAUUGAACGCUGGGGUGCUCGAUGAGGGGAUGCUUUGACGCGUGUUGUGAGCUGUUUGCGCAGGAUUGUGCUGUUGCCUGAGUUUUUUGGCACCUGCAGAGACUGUUUUUGGACAAUCAUGAGCUGCUGCUGUUUGUGUUCGGUGGUGGUAGUUAGGGGAGUCGCCGACAGUUGCUGGUUAAAGUUCAUAUAAAAGUUUGCAGGACAAUUGCAGGGGAGCAUUGGACAAUAGCUAUUACAAAAUCAAUCAUCUAUGUGAUAGUGCAGAAGACAUUAAAAAAUUUAAGGUUUUGAGAAGAGGACAAAUUGAAGUGAGAGAUUAAGAUCUUUUACAUUUACAGAAAGAGUAGUAAAAAAGAUCUUUCAUAUUGUGUCAUUAUCAAAUUUGCUUUACCAUUUUGACAUGGAACUUCCGAUUGUAGAAACCAUGAAGAGUUAGUUUUAUAAACUAUUUGUAAUUGUGUUUAAUGGAAUCUUUGUAAUAGAUUAGAAGAGCUCUUUAGAAAUAUUAUAUAGCACUCCAGGUAUUUGGUAAUGUUUAUUGAGAUGAAGAAUGAUAUAGUUGAAAAAAAAUCUUGGCAA